GGAUGGACUUGGAAUUUUUCACUGGAUUCUUGUUUUUGCUAUUGUGUUGUGUUUGAUAGUUUCAACAUUGUGGUCAAGGGAUAUAUUUCUAUGGCAGAGCAAUGCAACGUGGAAUGCUUUAGGGUCACCUGUCUUCAUAUGACAUCAUCCUCAUAUGACUUGUUUGAGCACAGACGGAAGAGCUUUUGAAGGAAACUACAGAGGUGGUCUAAAUCUCAAUCUAGCAUGGACUGUAAGGUAGCUGUUUGUUAUUUGCAAAAAGCCAGACAAAUAUAUGAGGGGCAUGUUUGGAUUACAGCAGAAGACCUUACAAUAUGCGAUUAACAUCUUAGAAAAGGCUGAAGAUUUGACGAACAAAGUAGAUGGAGAAGUACCAACAAAUAGGUGGAGAGACAAGCCAAAGAGUACCAGCUGCUGGAUCAACAUCAGUGAGUGAACUAUUAUCGUACUUUCUGCCUUAAUCCACCUGGAACAGCAAGAACAGCUGUACACCUUUUAAAGGAGUGAUACAGGGGAUGUAAUUAGACCUCUUGGCUGAAGCACAGAAGCAUAUGCCAUACAAAGAAAGGCUGUGUAUCGACAAGAGAAAGUUGUCUCUAAGAGGAUGUCUUUAACGUGUGCUCAGCCUCGCCAUUUCCUCUUAGCUGAUGCAGAAGAGUGUAAGCGGAGCCAAGCUGACCCUGGACCAGAACCAGAACCUGAUGAACUGGAUUGGGAUGGCUUUAGCACCACAUUGGAGAACAGAUUACAAACUGAGCAGGACACUGCCCCCGUGUCGGAACUGCGCUGUGUCCAACUGGAGAAGACACAACGUGAGCUAGAGCGACAACUAUCUGGCUUGUCAGAGCGUCUGGAAGAAGGGGAGGUCCGUUCAACUCAGCUUGCUCUCCACAGAGACAGGAUGGAGGAAGAGUGUAACAGCCUCAGACAAGACCUGGACCAACUGGAGGGUGCCCUGAUUGCGUGUGAGCGGGAUAAAGAGCAAGCUAUGGAGGACCUGCACAGUGAGGAGAAGAAGGUGGAUCUGUUGUCCCAGCAGAAAUCCCAACUACAGAUGCAAGUAGAAGAGCUAGAGUAUCAGCUGGAGCAGGAGCGCUAUCAGCGUGACGAGCUGGAGAAGAACAGUAGGAAGAUGGACGGUGACAAUCUGUGUACUCAGGAGAGUCUGGAGGGGGUGGACAAGACAAGGAAUGGUCCAGAAGAGAUCAUCAAAAGGAAAGACAUGGAGAUAAGCAAUAUUCAGUCCAAGCUUGAAGCUGAAGAGAGCCUCAGCAAUGGACUGCAGAAGAAGAGCCGAGAACUGCAGGCCCGCAUUGAGGAGUUGGAGGAAGAAUUGGAAGCUGAACGGGCCAUAAGAGCAAAGGUGGAAAAGCACAGAGCAGAUUUAAGCAGGGAACUGGACGAUCUCACAGAUCGACUCGAGGAAGCAGGCGGGGUCACCGCCUCACAGAUAGAGAUGAACAAGAAGCGAGAGGCGGAGCUCCAGCGUCUGAGACGAGACCUGGAGGAGUCAUCUGUCCAGUCAGAGACGCUGGCUGCAACCCUGAGAAAACGCCACGGCGAUGUCAUUGCAGAGCUAAGUGAGCAGUGCGACGCUCUGCAGAGGACCAAGGCCAAGUUGGAAAAGGAGAAGCAGAACUUGAGGAUGGAAGUAGACGACCUAUCCACUUCACUAGAAAGUCUACAGAAAGCCAAGAUGUCCUCAGAUAGCCAGAUGAAGAAAUUGGAAGAACAGCUCUAUGAGGCUAACAGGAAAGGAGAUGACCUGCAGAGGACACUCACUGAGCUCACUGUGUCCAAGAACAGACUCACAGCUGAUAAUACAGACACAAGUCGACGAUUGGCUGAGGCCGAGAACAGAUCUGGCCAGUUGAGUCGUACCAAGUCUCUCCUCCAAUCUCAACUAGAAGAACUGAAGAAACAGCUGGAUGAAGAGGUCAAAUGUAAGCAGGCAGUCAGCGGAUGUCUGAGUUCGGUGCGGCAAGAGUGCGAGGGGCUCAAGGAGCAGCUGGAGGAGGAGCAGGAGAGCAAGCAAGAGCUGCAGCGGCUCAUCUCCAAACUCAACAUCGAGAUGACACACUUAAGGACAAAACAUGAGGCAGACUCCAUCCAGCAUGCUGAUGAGCUGGAGGAAACCAAAAAGAAGCUGGUAUUGCGGCUGCAGGAGGCAGAGGAGGCAAUGGAAGCCACCCAGGCUAAAUGCUCCUCUCUGGAGAAAACCAGACAGAGGCUGCAGGGAGAGGUGGAGGAGCUGUGCAUGGACCUGGAGAAGGCUAGCGGAUGUGGACAAGCUCUGGAUAAGAAGCAGCGGGUUCUAGAGAAGCAGCUGGGAGACUGGAAGCAAAAGUGUGAGGAGCUGGUAGCGGAGGUGGAGAGCUGCCAAAAGGAGAGCAGACAACACGCAGGCGAGCUCUUCAAGCUGAAGACAGUGCAUGAAGAGUCUCUGGAGCAGCUGGAAGCUCUACGAAGGGAGAACAAGGCCUACCAAGGCUAUGCCUCUGAGUUAUCCUUACUUACAGAAGAGAUUGCGGACCUCAUGGACCAGCUCACAGAUGGAGGUAAGAGUGUCCAUGAGCUCCAGAAAGCAAAGAAGAAGAUAGAGAUGGAGAAAGAAGAAUUACAGGCUUCACUGGAAGAGUCAGAGGCAGCUUUAGAGGCUGAAGAAACCAAGUUGCUGAGAAUGCAGCUGGAGUUGUCUCAGGCAAAAGCAGACCUGGAGCGCAGACUUCAAGAGAAGGAGGAAGAGAUUGAUGCUGCUCGAAAAAGCCACCAGAGGGCGUUGGAAUCCCUACAGGCCACCUUGGAUGUGGAGAUUAAAGGUCGAGUGGAGGGAUUGAAGCUCAAAAAGAAACUAGAGGCUGAUGUUGCUGAACUGGAGCUUCAAGUGGAUCUCCUUACCAAAAGUAACACUGAGUUCAGCAAGAGCAGCAAAAAGACACAGCAGCAGAUCAAGGAGCUCCAGGCUCAGCUCGAGGAGGAAGUGAGGGGCCACGAGGAGCACAAGGAGGAGAUGGUGGCGUUGGAGAGACGCUGUGCUCUCCUGGUUAGUGAUGGUGAAGAGUCUCGCUCUGUCUUGGAGAGUACAGAAAGGGUUCGCAAAGCCUUGGAGGUGGAGUUGCAGGAUGCCAAUGAAAAAUACAGUGAUCUCAACAACCAGUUCCAAUCGGUUCUGAGUGGGAGGAGGAAGCUGGAGGUGGAUCUCCAAGCUCUGCAGCACGAGCAUGAGGAGCUACAAGGAGAGCUGAGGGGAUCGGUCGACAAAUCCAAGAAGGCCAGCUGUGAGUUGGCCAGAGUGGGGGAGGAACUACGCCUGGAGCAAGAGCACACGCUCCAUCUGGAGAGGGUGAAGAAAGGUCUUGAGGCUCAGGUGAAAGACAUGAGCACCAGGCUGGAGGAGGCAGAGCAGAUGGCUUUGAAAGGAGGCAAAAAGACCAUCCAGAAGUUGGAGGGAAAGGUAAAGGAGUUGGAGCUCCAGCUGGAGUCCGAGCAGAAGCGACACGCCGAGACAGUGAAGACGCUGAGGAAGAAUGAACGUCGGCUCAAGGAGUUGGUCUUUCAGUCUGAGGAGGACCAGAAGAACCAGCUGAGAAUGCAAGAGCUAGUGGAGAGGCUUCAGAACAAGAUGAAGGCUUACAAGAGACAAGUAGAAGAGGCUGAGGAGCAAGCCAACAUGAACUUGGCCAAGUACAGGAAGACAGUCCAUGAGCUGGAUGAUGCUGAGGAACGAGCUGACAUCGCCGAAUCAGCACUUACAAAGAUAAGGAUCAAGAAGAGAGGCAGCUUCAGCAAGGGAUACUCCUCAGGUUACAGCACCCCAUACCCAGGUCUGGUACGGUCGCCCAGCUCCGUGGGCUCAGAGGGCCGAGUCGAGAAGAUCCUCAACGACGACGAGUCAGUCAGCUCCCUAAUCCCGUCUUAUCUCAAUUCCCUCAAGAAACUCAUGAUCGACUAGAAAGAGCGCCGUUUUCUUUGAUGUGAAGUCAAUCACACCUUGAUGCCACUUGAAGAGAUCACACUCGAACAUUAUGAAGUCUUUAUGGUUAAGUUUGACAGAAAUUAAAUUUUUACUUCACCAUCACAUUAUAAACAAAACCCCAGCAUUUAAUUGUGCACUCCUUCAUUUGUCAUGAACUACACAUUUUUAACACACUUUAUCUUAUCCAGUAACUGCUGCAUAUAUUGAUAGUGAUAUUGAAUAGUGUGUUAAAACAGAUUAUAUCUUUAUACUGUGUUUCCUCAUAUAAUGCUCUAAUACACGCCCCAGUUUAUUGAAUAGCGUGUUGUUCUCUUAUCUUGAAUAAAUAAACACCUUACACAUCAGAAAUGCCUGGUGCUCUCUGCAGUUGUGUUAAUAAAUAUACUAUAAGUAGCACUUCACAUAUCAGCUGUAGACCAUUGAUCAGCUAAAAUGAUUUUUGGCCAUUCUUGACAUAUUGGUUUAAAAUGCAACUAAAGUGUAAUAACAUGCUACUGAAUAUGUCUAAGCUGUUGGGUAAGCUAACAAAACAAAACGUAGACAACAAAAGCCAUCUGGUUAAUCAAUUAAUAAUAUUUGGAUGUCUCAUUUAAAACAACAUAUCACUGCAUGAACUACCAUCUGGAUAGAAAGUGACUAUAUCAUUGUUAACUGACUUAAUAUAACUUGUAUUUUCAUUAAUUGAAACAUUUCUUAAAUAGCAUUGGGGCCACUUCUAGUCCCCAACAAUGCAAUGUAUCUCCACCAAGUCAAAAAUACACAUCAUGAGACUCAUUCAUAAUAAAUGACUAAUCAAUGUCUCAGGGCAGUUUGUAUUAGUUUGACAUAAGGUGCCAUCCAUGUGGGUUUCUAGUUUACCGAAAAAUAUUCAAUAGAGUUUCUAUAUUUUACUUUUACACACAUUUCCUAUCACUGCCUUUGACUGUAAUAAACCAUUUUAUAGUUCCAUCCAUCCAUUGUCUGUACCGCUUUAUCCUCACAAGGGUCGCGGGGGGUGCUGGAGCGUAUCCCAGCUGUCUUCGGGCGAGAGGCGGGGUACACCCCGACCUGAUCGCCAGCCAAUCACAGGGCACAUAUAAACAAACAACCAUUCGCGCGUACAUUCACACCUACGGGCAAUUUAGAGUCUUCAAUCCCAUUUUAUAGUUGAAUGUGAAAUUUUAUUG